AUGUUCUGGAUAUCUAUAAUACUUCUAAAUUUUUCAAACGCCAAUAUCGAUGUCAAAAAAGAAGCCGAGCAAGUAUUAGAUGUUUUUAGAAAAUCAAUCCACGAAAAAAAUCAAAUUUUGUUUGUUCAAAUAGUAAGCCCAAGUUUCAAGAUUGAACAAUGUGAUUUAACCAAAAAACGUUUGAAUCGAGCUGAUCUUUAUAACGAAAUUACACGAUAUAAUCUAGAUGUUUUGCCAAUGAGCAAAAUCGAUUACAACUCCGAAUCGGUUACUUUCGACCAUACAGGAACAAUUACUCAGCAUUUGCGGGCGUAG